ACCACCACCACCAUCACCGCCAUCACCGCCAUCAUCAACCAGGCUGCCGACCGGUGCCUCCCGUCUGCGCCAUGAUUCUCGUGUGAACUAACGACAUAUAUGCCCGGGAAGCGCACUUCUGCUUCACACCCUCGGAACAAGCCAUGACUUCGGCCUUGCUCGCCCACGAGCUGAGCACUCUUUCGUCGGAAGCCAAACGGAAGAAUACUGAUCUUCGAAAUGCGGCCAAUGCGUCCCUACAGGAGCUCAAAUCGCUUACGGUGACCUCCGAACAGCAGCUCGCAGCUGAUCUCAGAAAUCGCCCUGGCUUUGUGCAUCCCUUUCUCAUUGCUUGCAGUACGCAUACCACCCGAUUUGCGGCAAGUGGCAUAUCCUGCCUCCAACGUUUGAUCGUCUCGGGAGGACUGCCGAGAGCUCGACUGCAAGAUACGCUGCAAGCAUUCAAUACUUGUGCAGAUCUUGGCCUCGACGUCCAGCUCAAGAUUCUGCAAGCUCUACCUUCAUUGAUCCAAAAUUAUGUCACUGACCUGGAAGGCGACCUGCUGGCCAUUGCCCUCCAGCUCUGUGCAUCAUUGCAGGCAUCAAAGACUGCGACUGUGAGCGGUGUAGCCGCUGCAACAUUACAGUCUUUGGUCACGACGGUGUUCGAGAAGGUGGUCACCGAGGAUCAAGCUGCGGACGACGAGGCGCCCACCGUUGAAGUCCCCGGCGGUGACGAAGCGAUACAGCUCAAACCUGCAGCCUUCGACGCCUACAGAGUCUUUCGCGAUCUCGCACUAGCUGCUGAUGAACGACCUACGAAGUUUGUGGGCUUCCAGCAGUGUCUCCCCAGUCUGGAGCUUCUCUGGUCAUCCAUACACUCCAAUCCCGACCUGUUCGCCAGACACGAUGAACUGCUCUCCAUUAUUGGCGCCAACGUGUGGCCCAUGAUCAUCCGAGCGCUGUCGGAGAGGCUCUCGUUCUCGGUCACGGUACGCUCUGUUCGUCUUCUGAGCUUGCUGUUGGACAGACAUCUCUCCCGAUUCUCAGAAGACUGCGAGGUGGCGUUGAACUUGUGCACGCAAGCGCUGGAGUAUGACUACGCCACCUCUUGGAAACGAGCAUUAGUUCUGGAAGUACUGCGAGAUUUCUUCUCCAAUGGGGGCUUGGUGGUCGAAGCCUACAUGGCAUUUGAUAUGCAAGAGGGUGGGAAGCCAGUGGUGCAAGACAUGCUAUCCGCAUUUGUACGUUUAUCGACCGAGAAGCCUGCGGCGAUUGGUUUGGGGCAACAGUCGUCUGUACCGACGGGUCCGACGUCCCCGGGACAAAGUGCAACUGAUCAUGCCGCUCUCGAAGCUGCAGGAGGCAUGGCUGGCGUCAUCUCGUUCGGAGCUUCGUUCGGAGUGGCAGAAGCCAGCAUUGCCGGUGUGAGCGCGCAAUGGAGUCUGCCUCGCACACUCGUUCUCGAACAACUUGACAAACAUGACCCACCCACCCUUGCCGAAACUUAUCCAUACGCCCUGAUAUUGGAAUGCUUGAGUGGUCUGUCAGAUAGUCUUGCUAAAAUAGUCCUGCCGUUGACAGUGCAACACGAGAAGCGCCGACCCAAAUCAUCCAGCACUUCCACCGAAUCCAGUGGCGUGGCGCAGGGCAGAAAGCGUUCGACGUCGUUCCGCACUCGAGCCGUACCUAUGAAUCCACUAGACGCCAAAGAUGCACCUUUUGCUGGACGGGUCUCGGCCGUGGCGAGCAUCGUGGACAACUCGUGGCCUGCCGUUCUCGCAACAGCAUCCACUUUCCUCAAUGCUGCACUCGAUGACACAUAUUUUCGCAACCUGAUCAAGGCAUACCAGCGAUUUGUGCAAGUCGCAGGUGUCCUUCGCCUCAGCACACCACGAGACGCACUCAUGACCACACUGGCCAAAGCUGCUAUUCCUCCGCACGUGUUAAACGCAGCUAUCAUGGAGCCCGUGAAAUCGCCAGUUGCGGAGAGCCCGAGGAUCUUCUCGAACCCGAAAAAUGCGUCGAUUGUAGAAACUCUCGUGUCUCCAUCCUCGUCUCUGCCAAUGGACGCCAGCCGACGAAGUUCCAUGGAGAAUGUGAAGCCUAUGCUCACCGUGCGCAAUCUGCUCUGCCUACGAGCCCUUCUGAACAUUGCAAUAGCCCUGGGACCGACCUUGCAGGGCGCGUUUGCAGUGAUCGUGAGUGCGCUGAAGCAGGCGGACAUGGUAUUGAGUACCACGACGCCGCAACAGCUGACUCGCCAGAGUUCGUUUUCCGCUCACGGAAGUACCGACAAUGCCACCAUCGUACAAGCAUUCUCUGCUGAAGUGGCCAAUGUCGAGAAAGCCGCGUCGAACCUGCUGGAAAGCACAUCGGACUACCCGAAUGAAGCCUUCAUCCAUGUGCUCGCCACGUUCUGCAAAUUGUUGCACAGCAGCGGCGAGGGAUUCUCAUCGCCCGCGUCACCGACUCCGGAUCAGCAACCUGCUCCAGCCAGGAGACCUCUGUCGAAUCGACGCACUUUCUCGGGGCUCCCCGGUAUCAGUGCUGUCGUAGAAAUGCGGUCGCGCGACUACCAUUUUGUGCUUCCCAAGCUGGGAAAGCUGGCCGAGCUGAACGUCUCCCGCUUCACCAGCGACAGCCCCAGCGAGAGCGGCUGGAAUCUCCUGGCCGAAGAAUUGGCGACUGUUGCGAAGAACAACGACGUACCCAGAGACGCACGUCGUAGUGCGACUCAUGUGCUUGUGAAACUGGCGGAGGCUACGAUUGCCGAGGUCGUGAGAGAGGAGCCCGAGGAUCGAGUGGAUGUACAGCGGCGAGGGCUUUCGAUGCUGCUCCGAAUCAUUGACGAAAUCUACCUCGAAGACGGCGACCUGAGCCAGACAGACCUGGAAGUACAAAGCUUUGUCUUUGAGUCACUCCACGCGAUUCUGGAGCGGCACGGCGAGUUGCUCGUGGCCGGCUGGAACUUGGUCUUGGCCAUCAUCAGCAGUGCGUUCGAGCACGAUGGCGUACAAUCUCGAGCCACCGAAAACGACGAAGUCACGAUCGACUGGAUGCACAUCUCUUUCGAGCUCGUCACGCCUCAAAUCGGCCGGACCGCUUUUGAUGCCACGCAACUGCUGUGCUCUGACUUUUUGGAUCUGCUGCCGAUCGAUACUGUGACAUCCCUCAUCGAGCUCUUACAUCGCUUCAUGUGUCAAUUUGCUGACCUGAAUGCGUCUCUGACUGCUGUCACCAUGACUCUCGCUGUGUCCGAUCAUCUGUUUGCCAAGUCCACCGCGGCCGAAUUGGAUGCCUUCGUUCAUACCGCCACCGAUUUCGACGAUCUUGAAGACGAAAUGAAGCCCAUGCUUCGCACCUGUCGUCCUGCCCAAUGGCUCAUGCUCCUGAUUCGGCUGCGAGAUGUUGCUGUUCAGCCACAACAUGAAAUUCGCAAUGCCACUUUUCAAACCAUGUGUGGCGUUCUGAAGAGCCAUGGCGACGAAUUGUCUCCGAGCGCAUGGGAUCUCCUGUUGAGGAGCACGCUCUUGCAUGUCUCGAGAGCAGACUCGUAUUCUUAUGUGGAGUUAGCUGAUCGUCGUGAAGCAGAAGGAUCGAGCCCUGCACCAGAUAUCGCCAUGUCCAGGACCAUCAUAUCUGGAACUUCCGGAGUCAUCGCGCAACACCUUCGUCUAAUUGAGCAAGUGAAGAAACUUCCCAGCCUCUGGGAGGUAUUCCUGAGCAUGCUGGAACGCUAUCUCGACGUAGAAGAUUAUAUUCUCAAUGCCACGGUAUACUCCUCGUUGGCUCAGGUGCUCUCGGGAAUCCUGCCAUCGGCAACAUUGUGGAAGUCCCCCAUCUACAGGACCAUUUCCCUCUGGCUUAAGCGCGUACCUCAGUUUGAAGAUGGUCCGCAUGUAGCGAAGAUCAAGAGCAAUCAGGAUGCCUUUAUCGCCUAUGCCGAAGCUGGCACAGAGCUGUACAGGCUCACAUUCGAUAGCCUGAGCAUAUCACAAGCUCGAAUUCUGAUUGACAACAUGUUUCACAUUGUCAAGAACUCCGAUGGCCCUCUGUAUGGCGGCGACACGAACACGAUGAGCCCCUUGCAGUCGAAGGUAUUCGCACUGCUCAAGAGCAUGAAACUGGAGUCACCAAGCCUACCUGCCUGCUUGAUCACAGUUGCAGCAAAAUUCACGACAUUGCACCACCACACAGCAGGCUCUCGAGCAUCGGGAAAGCAAGGACCUACCUUUAUUGCGCUGUCUCAUGAGGCUAUCGCGUGGCUGGAGCAAUUGAUCAUGCCCAUGUUCAGCGAUCCAGAGGUCUUCGAGUCUAACGCCCUCACUCUGACCCUUCAAGCGUUGCGACAGAUUGCAGAAGCGAAGUACAGCGUCAAGGCUGAGCAAAAAGGAGUUCCUCUAUGGCAGAGAGCGACCACGGCCGCACUCACCAUUGCAGCACCUGCACUCCAAAGGGUGGAUGAGGUUGACGAUACAAUACGAAGUCAAGUCUUGCACCUGAUCGGCAUCAUCAACGCCAUCAUAAGUAGCGAUAGCCUCCCGCAUAUGCAAGACGCCCAAAAGAUUUACGACGAUCAGCUUUUUGACAUUAACAGCUUUCAAAAGAUGCGAGAUGUGCUCGUACCGCGACUCGGCAACCCGCUCUUUCCAGACGAUUUCCGAUUGUCAUAUGUCUACCAGCUAUACCGAGCGUCCAUCAUCCACCCACCCGAGGAUUGCGAUUCCCUAGAGGCUGGCCAGCCACCACUGAAAGAUAUUUCGAAAAUUCGUCGAGGUCGGGUCAAAAAGGUUGCUUACUCGCAGCGGGAAGACAUGGCUUAUGUCUGCUGGAAAGAACUACAAGCUCUGGCUUCUCCACAGCACAAGACUUCUGAUGAAGAUGCUCCUCCUGACAUGCUCGCACAAGUCGCCACUCCAUUCCUGAUCCGUCGUCUGGCGAUGCCCAUUCGAGCGUACAUUGCAGAUCAACCCUUGAGAGGCAAGCGUCCACAGCCGUUGUCGGAACUGGAAGAGUUAUUGUUCAGCUUCGAAUGUAUCCAGACGUUGAAGCUCCCUCCUCACGCGCUUGCAGCCGAGUUGAAGGAGGGUGGUAUCCAACGAAGCUUUGCGCAACCGCAUUUGCACUUUUUGUAUCCCUUGCUGGUGCAAGCGGUGAGUACGGCCUCGGAUAAAUGGUCUGGCGCGGAUGAAGUCCUGGUUCCUUUGCACUCUCUGUUGGAAAGCAUCGGUUUUGGUGAGCUUUGAAUAGAUAGCAGG